AACCAACUUAACAUACAGUCGCAAGGCUUGAUCUUACCUGCUGCUCCUCUCCUUCUCCUCCCUCUCCCUUUAUUCAUUCCUCUUUGGUUCUUAAGAUAGACAUGUCUGCAAGCUCACAGUCAACACACUCAGAAAAUGGAAACUCUAAAAAAGAGUCACCAGUGCCCCAAUUGGAGAAACCCAAACACAGAAAAAUGGCAAAAGGUCUUCGGAGUAAUUUCUUGGACUAUCUUGAAAAGCAAAUCUCAGAGAAAGAACGAUUACUUGAGCUUAACCUGAAGAAACAAAGGGCUGCAGAGAACGACACUGAUCUCCAGGAUAGCAUUCAACGUCAAAACCAAAAGUUUCGAGACGAUCUUGACAUGUUGCAGAAACUCCUAUCAGAGCAACGAGAAGCUUUGAUCCAUGAAACGGUUGAGGCCAUGGAAGCUAGGAAGGCAGCAGAACAAAGCAUGAAGGCUGAAGCAGAACCGCAUGUCUCUGACUCUCAAUCGAUUCCUGUUCAUCAUCGUAACAGAAUGUAUCGGCAACUUCCUGCCUGCCACGUCAACUCUCCGACAUUGACUGUUGCUCGAUCUCGAGCCGACCCAGCUCCAACGGUGGUUUCUAGAGUGGCAAGCGCGUAUUGUUCAAGAUUCACAGCUGGCGUUGCCAACCCGAUUUUGAGGCCUCUGGACAGUUGGCUAGGAAGACUCUCUAGCUUCUUCUAUGGGAGACCUAGUGCACGGACUGAAGCACGAUACCCAGAGCGACGAGGAAACGGAUAUCCUUUCUUCUGCUGUGGCAAUCCGGCAGACAGAGACUCUGAGUCGAUUCCGGAGAGAGUCACCGUGGACAACCGCGAUUAUUACGUCCACAGAGCCUUGAACAUUCCCAAGAGAGACGAUGAAGCUCAUGAUUAUGUGCUAGUUUAACAGCGAGUAGCGUUGAUCGGAUCGGAUCGCGGUGAUCGGACACCAGGUCCUAGCUCGACUGAGCCUAGUAGUCGCCAAUAGUACUUGCCACUCGAAAGUCGAUCUUCCGAGGAAGAACAGGUUGAAUAAAGUUACAUGGCGGUC